AUGCUUUGCAGUUCAAAACAAAGACCGGAUCGAAACCUACCUUGCAGGAUCAACCGCUACCCAUUAGAGUUAAGCAGGCUGAACGAACCCCCCUUCUCCGGUGACCGUGAUGCUCGAAUGAAAAACGCUGAUCGGAGAAAGCUUCACAAAGCCCUGCGACAUGCAAAGCUGCCACACUGCCUCCUCGAGUUCUGGCGCUGCUCCAAAGAUCAACACUGGAACCACCCGGAGUCAAUUCUGGAUGCUCACAUGGAGCGAAAUGCCUACUUCAAGAACGAUGUUACGUCACACCAUCGCCUGUCAAAUUUCGGCGAUGGAAAGCUUGAGGAUGAGGAGGAGGAUGAAGACUGUCGUGGCUUCAUCCUCCUAGAGGAGACGGAAAUGACAAUGGAAAACCAUAGUCUUCCUCAGGAUCUGCCGUCUAGAGAAUGUUCCUCGGAUAUUAUUUUAAAUAUUUCUGGUAAGCUAGAAGUACCGAUCAUAACUACAUUUCUUCAUAGAAUUUUGGCUCUGGUGUCCUCUUAA